UCUAGGGCUAUGGGCCGCAAGAAGGCUGUGCGAGGAUCCAGGACGGAGAGCGGUCGUGUUCGGCGUCCCCCCGACCGCUCUCUGGAUGCUUUCGCUGAGGAGAUGGACGCUGCGCUGCGCGCAUCUGUGCAGCCUGAAGCGGCCGAGGGCCAGAACGGCCCCGGCCCUACGGCGCUACCUUGUGCCCUGGCUAUGUGGGAACUUGGCCACUGCGACCCUCGGCGCUGCACGGGCCGUAAACUGGCCCGCCUGGGUCUGGUACGCUGCCUGCGCCUGGGCCAAAGGUUUGGCGGUCUGGUGCUCAGCCCCGUAGGCACUCAGUACGUGUCUCCCGCAGACAGAACCUACCCUACACUCUCUGGCAGACAGCUGGUGGCACAGUCAGGGGUCGCUGUCAUAGACUGCUCCUGGGCCAAACUGGAUGAGACACCCUUUGGGAAGAUGCGAGGGAGCCAUUUGCGGCUCCUGCCUUACCUCCUGGCUGCUAACCCUGUAAACUAUGGCCGACCCUGCAGACUUUCCUGCGUGGAAGCUUUUGCUGCGGCUUUCUGCAUUGUAGGCUUUUCAGAUCUUGCUGUCAUUUUGCUCCAGAAGUUUAAGUGGGGCAAGGGCUUCCUGGACCUGAACCGACAGCUCCUGGAUAAGUAUGCAGCCUGCCGUGGUCCAGAGGAGGUGCUGCAGGUGGAACAGGGGUACUUGGCUAGCACCAAGGACACCCCUGAGGAGGAGGAGAUUGAUCCCUUUGAUGUGGACUCCGGUCGAGAGUUUGCAAACCUCAACAGGCCUGUGGCCAGCAUCUGGCAGCCCGUGGGCAUGGAUGAUAUUGAUGAGUCUGAGGACCACAGUGAGGAUUCUGAGGAAGACAGUGAUGAGUAUGAGAAACAAGAAGCUGAUGCUAAUGGAGGAGACAACAGCUGUUCUCAAGAGGUAGAGACAGAACAAGAGGCUCAGGCCAGAGAUUCCACUGGACUCUAGAAAGAAAUCAAGAGACAGCAGAGAGACUGAAGGUUGCAAACACAUACAUUAUUGAAGCUGGUGUGCAUCAGUCCAGAAGUGGCAGUGGGACCUGGGGAUAGACAGGCCUGGUGGGACAAUUCUGUGACAUUCUUGUUUGGAGUCCUACCUUAGAGCUCUUGAUAAAGCCAAGAAGGAGCCUCUCCCCACCCCUACCCCCAAA